CCCCCGGGACAGCCAAGGCCACCGAGCCUAGGACUGCACGUGCAGCUCCCCCCUCACCGCACAGAUCCUGCAGGGGGCACCAGCCGGGGGAGGUGGAGCUCCUCCCUCCCCGAGCUGCGCCCCCACCAAAGAGUAUAGUCGGCAGUGCCUGGGACGCCCCCUCCCUGCAAAGUGUCCCCGAAUUGCCCUAUCUGACCCCCCACCCGAAGCCUCAGCAGAGACAGCUGGGACCCAGGGGCACCCUGAGUUGGAUGUGACCAAGCCCAGCUUGGGGCCAAGUCGUUGUCGACUGUUGCCCCCUCGGCCCUCUCCCACCCUCGCCUCGGCCAUGGCUCCAGGGAUGUCGGGCCGCCGCGGCGCCGCCCUGCUUUGCUUCUCGGCGCUGCUCGCCUACGCCUCCAGCCGCUCCCACCCCGCCAGCCCCAGCCCACCAGGGCCACAGGCCAGCCCAGUGCUACCUGUCAGCUACCGCCUGUCACACACGAGACUGGCCUUCUUCCUGCGGGAGGUCAGGCCCCUGCCACCCACGGUAGCCAACGGCUCCCUGCAGCGCUCUGAGCCCUUCGUGGUGUUCCAGACCAAGGAGCUCCCGGUGCUCAACGUGUCCCUGGGACCCUUCAGCACCAGCCAGGUGGUGGCACGGGAGCUCCUGCAGCCGUCCAGCACCCUGGACAUCCCCGAGCGCCUGACGGUCAACUGGAAGGUGCGCGCCUUCAUCGUGCGCGCCCGCGUGCCCUCCUCGCAGCCCGUGGCCCAGGUGCUGUUCUACGUGGCCGGCAGGGACUGGGACGACUUCGGUGUCACCGAGCGAUUGCCCUGUGUCCGCCUGCACGCCUUCCGGGAUGCCCGGGAACACCCCUUGCUACGCAUCGGGAGCAUCAGCCUGUUCCGCCCGCCCCCCAGGAGGACCCUGCAGGAGCACCGGCUGGACAGCAACCUGAUGAUCCGUCUGCCCGACCGGCCCCUCAAACCCGGGGAGGUGCUCAGCAUCUUCCUCUACCUGGCCCCCAACUCCUCCUCUCCCUCCAGCCCCAGCGUGGAGCAUUUCACACUGAGGGUGAAGGCCAAGAAGGGGGUGACCCUUCUUGGCACCAAGUCACGGAGUGGCCAGUGGCACGUGACCUCAGAGCUGCUGACUGGGGCAAAGCACUCCACAGCCACUGUGGAUGUGGCCUGGGCUCCGGGCACACCUCUGCCUCCCAGGGAGGGCCAGGGACCCCUGGAGAUCCUGCAGCUGGACUUUGAGAUGGAGAACUUCACCAGCCAGUCGGUCAAGCGGAGGAUCAUGUGGCACAUCGACUACCGUGGCCACGGCGCCCUCCCGGAUCUAGAGCGGGCUGUCACUGAGCUCACGGUCAUCCAGAGAGACGUGCAAGCCAUCCUGCCCCUGGCCAUGGACACAGAGAUCAUCAACACAGCCAUCCUGACAGGCCGGACAGUGGCCAUCCCUGUCAAGGUCAUUGCCAUUGAAGUGACUGGCCUGGUCCUGGACGUCUCUGCCCUUGUGGAAUGCGAGUCUGACAAUGAGGACAUCAUCAAGGUGUCCAGCAGCUGUGACUAUGUGUUUGUGAGUGGAAAGGAGUCCCGAGGGUCCAUGAACGCCAGGGUCACCUUCCGCUAUGAUGUCCUCCAGGCACCUCUGGAGAUGACGGUCUGGGUGCCCAAGCUGCCUCUGCACAUCGAACUCUCGGACGCCCGCCUCAGCCAAGUGAAGGGCUGGAGGGUACCUAUCCUCCCCGACUGGAGGUCAGCCCGGGAGAAUGAAGAGGAGGAAGAGGAGGAGGAGGAGAGACGGCAGAGCACGAGCCGGGGCUGCACUCUGCAGUACCAGCAUGCCACGCUGCAGGUCUUCACUCAAUUCCACACGACAUCGUCUGAGGGCACAGACCAGGUGGUCACCAUGCUGGGCCCAGACUGGCUGGUGGAGGUCACUGACCUGGUCAGCGAAUUCAUGCGAGUGGGCGACCCUCGAGUGGCACACAUGGUGGACAGCAGCACCCUGGCAGGCCUGGAGCCAGGCACCACUCCCUUCAAGGUGGUGUCUCCAUUGACAGAAGCUGUGCUCGGGGAGACACUGCUGACGGUGACAGAGGAGAAGGUCAGCAUCACACAGCUGCAGGCCCAGGUGGUGGCCAGCCUCGCUCUAUCCCUGCGGCCCAGCCCUGGGAGCAGCCACACCAUUCUGGCCACCACGGCCGCCCAGCAGACUCUCAGCUUCCUUAAACAGGAAGCCCUUCUGAGCCUCUGGCUCUCAUACAGCGAUGGCACCACAGCCCCACUCUCCCUCUACAGCCCCCGGGACUACGGGCUGCUGGUGAGCAGCCUGGACGAGCAUGUGGCCACGGUGACCCAGGACCGCGCCUUCCCUCUGGUGGUGGCCGAGGCCGAGGGUGCAGGGGAGCUGCUCCGCGCCGAACUCACCAUCGCCGAGAGCUGUCAAAAAACCAAGCGCAAGAGCGUGCUGGCCACCACGCCCGUGGGCCUGCGGGUCCACUUUGGGCGGGAUGAGGAGGACCCCACUUAUGACUACCCGGGCCCUAGCCAGCCAGGACCCGGCGGGGGCGAGGAUGAGGCCAGAGGGGCAGGCCCACCGGGCACCGGGGUUUCCCCUGCAGAGGGCCUGGGCCUGGGCACGGCCAGCCCAGCCAUCCUGCCCACGGAAGACUUCCUGCCGCUGCCCACGGGCUUCCUGCAGAUGCCACGGGGGCUGACAGACCUGGAGAUCGGCAUGUACGCGCUGCUGGGCGUCUUCUGCCUCGCCAUCCUCGUCUUCCUCAUCAACUGUAUUGUCUUCGUGCUGCGCUACCGGCACAAGCGCAUCCCGCCCGAGGGCCAGACCAGCAUGGACCACUCGCACCACUGGGUGUUCCUGGGCAACGGGCAGCCGCUGCGGGUGCAAGGGGAGCUCUCGCCGCCCCCCGGCAACCCGCUGGAGACUGUGCCCGCCUGCUGCCACGGCGACCACCACAGCAGCGGCAGCUCGCAGACCAGCGUGCAGAGCCAGGUGCACGGGCGCGGCGACGGCUCCUCGGGCGGCUCGGCCCGGGACCAGGCCGAGGACCCCGCCAGCUCACCCACCUCCAAGCGCAAGCGGGUCAAGUUCACCACCUUCACCACGCUGCCCUCGGAGGAGCUGGCGUAUGACUCGGUGCCCGCCGGCGAGGAGGACGAGGAGGAUGAGGAGGACCUGCGCUGGGGCUGCCCGGACGUGGCCAGCACCACGCGGCCCGCCCCGCCCCCGGACCUGCACAACUACAUGCGCAGAAUCAAAGAGAUUGCGUAGACGCGCCAUCAGGGUGGCUGGGGGGAGCCCCCCACGUGGGGCUGCUCCGAGUGCGAUGGAGUCGGAGCUCUUCGGGUCACGCCUGUGCAGGCCGGUGGAAUCCGGUUUUAUACGGCCGGGCCCUGCAGCUUUGCUCUGUGCCGGGUGGGGCCGCCUCGUGGCUUGUUCCGCCUCACACCGUUGCCCUCUUCUGCCCCCUGCAGGCGGAGGCGCCUUCCUCCAGCAGUUUGCAAGGAUGAAAAGGAAACCUCCAGCCCUUGUUCGGACCCUUUUCCAAACCUCCUCCAUCCUGGGCAAUCCUCCUGCCCCCAGAGUGAGGCGAGGAAGCCAAGCUUGGCGCGAGGCGGACCCACACUGUGCCCCUGCCCCUGCCUCUCAUGUUUCCUGUUCCCCCUGUGCCGGGGAGGGGGGGAACCUGAGGGGGUCUUGUGUCACAGGCUGCACAAAGACUUUUUCAAACCAAUAUUCAGGGAUUUCUGUCCUGCAGGGUUGGGAGGUGGCGGAUGCCUGCCCUGCCAAGGAUCUUACUGUGGACGAAACAUUUGGGGAGGUAGAGGGACAACUGUAACAUCUGUUACAUCCCCAUGCUCCCCACACACACACCCCGGUCCUUCCCAGCACCUGCCGGCUGACUCUAAAGAGGAGUUUAGGGCCAAGCUGGACUCCAUCCUGAGUUCUCAGGACUCACUUCUCUGUCCCAAGGGCUGUAGUCAGGGUCCUAAAGGGAAGGAGGCCUGGGUCCAUCAGGGACCGCGCCACACCCCAGAGCACCAGUGUCUGGACAGAUUCGGAGAGGGUCUGGGUGCCUCCUGCUGACCUCACAGCAAGAUGAACACCAAGCCUUAGCCACCUUUCCACUCUGCUGACCUCUCCUGCCUUCCGCAGGGGGGCAGAGGAGACAGCUGCCCCAUCACCCCACAAAAGAGGAUCUGAUGGGAGGGGAACGAAAGACACCAAGGAGUGCUCUGAGGGACCUUGGGGUGGGCAAGGGCCAAAGGGAGCCCAGGCGUUGCCCCAACUCCCAUCCCACAGCUCAGUUUCUCUCGGGUUCUACACACCACUGUGUUGGAUUUUUCUUAAAUAAAUGGAGGCAACCAGACUGGGGGUGGGGGCAGCAGCUCCCAGAGAACGGACAGUA